ACGAACAAGUAGGCGCACGCGCUGCUCCCCUUGCGGAGUUGCGGAGGAACACACUGCUGCGCGGAAUCCCACCAAGGUAGCGGGCAAUAUUGCGACGCAGGUGUGUCGGACCGGUCGUUAAGUCCGCGCCGGACGCCGGGCGAUAGGCCCGGAUUUUGCUGACGUCCGCUUUGGGCUACUGGGGGACAGCCUCAUUGGGCUGACGGCAGUGGCUUAUUAUGGGCUUAUGAGAUGAAGAGCCUAUAUAGAACGGGCCUGGAGCCAGAAAGAUGACGCUGAUGAGGAGAUAGAAACCUAAGGCCUACUUACCGGUGCUCGCUUGAAUUCCACACUGAAAACGAGCAAAAUCCUCAUCCCAUCUCAUCGCAAACCGUCAGCUCCAGCGACCAGACAUCACCAUGCACGUCAUCCUCACAGGCGCCACAGGCCUCGUCGGCUCUGCAGCCCUCGAUGCCAUGAUCAAGACCAAGGACAUUACCAAGAUCUCCAUCCUCUCGCGGCGGCCCGUCCCAAUGGCCGAGGAGGCCAAGGACCCGCGCAUCAACGUCAUCCUGCAGAGCGAGUUUGACAAGUACGACUCGGAGCUGCUCAAGCAGCUGCAGGGCGCCAAGGGCUGCGUGUGGGCGCUGGGUAUCAGCCAGACAAAGGUCGACGCCGACACGUACGUCAAGGUCACCAAGGACUACGCCCUCGAGGCGGCCAAGGCCUUUGCCACGCUGUCCACGGGGGAGGCUGAGCCGUUCCGCUUCGUCUACGUCUCGGGCGCGGGAGCGACUCAGACGCCGGGCCGCUUCUCGCCCAUCUUCGCGCGGGUCAAGGGCGAGACGGAAAAGGCGCUCGCCGAUCUAACAGCCUCGACGCCCACGCUGCACGUCGACUCGCCGCGGCCGGCGUUUGUCGAUGCCGCGCACCACAAGGCCAUCCAGCCGUACAUCCCGGACCCGGGCGCGGUGCACAACGUCAGCAUGUUCUUUCUCGGCCCGCCGAUCCGGGCGCUCAUGAAGGGCAUGCAUUCGCCGACGCCGAUGCUGGGCGACUUCCUGACGCAGCUGGCCAUGGGCAAGAUGGAUGGGAGGCUGGAGGGGACGCCCGGCGCGUCGAAGCUGGGGCCGUCGUGGAUUGUGGAAAAUAAUGGCAUAAGGAAGUUGAUGGGUUUGUGAGAGUCGCCAAGUCGCAGGGGAAGAAGGGGGUCAUUCCGGACGUAGUGUUUAAUGGAAGCUUGAAGGGGGAAGAGUUCUAUGGGUUUGCGGAGGUCAGAUCGUCUCAGCUGGAAUAUAGUGAGAUACGACAGGCGCCAAGCAUGUUUUGUCAUCCAUCAAGCGCAGUAUGUUUGAGUAUGAGCUAUAGGAAUUAUCUACACUCCAUUUUGGAAA